AUGCCCCCUCAAGCUUUGUGCGUGAUGGAUGCUUAUGGAAAUCUUCACAAGGAGCAUGCUUUCGAUGAAUAUGGUAGGGCCAUCGCCUUUGGUCCCCAGUUCAUGAGAUCUUGUCCUCUGAAUUCAAUCAAGCUUGUGGUGCCUCCUGAGAGUAGAACAACUUGGUUCACCACACGUGAGUAG